UAUUUAAUAAUUCACUGGAGGUGUGAAACAGCAGGAGUAUCAAUUGGAGCAUUGCUAGACGGACAGCUAGUGAUUUCCAUAGAAGCGUUUAAUUCUAAGCACCAGGCAAAUACUCUUCAUUGUGUAACAACUAUUUCUUCUGCAGGAAGCAUUUGUGGAGGUCUGGUCUGCGAGAUGUUCCUAAAAGAAAUGCAGUCUGUACUGCCUGGAUUCUCUAUAAAGCUGAAUGGGACGUCAAAGGAAGCCAGCUGUUCUCAGGACAUAUCAGGGGUAACACCUUUCCAGAUGAUUUUCGAGGUUGAUGAAAAGCCCAGAACUUUGAUGACAGAUAGUCUGGUUAUAAAGAAUUUUUUACGAAAAAUUGUCAUGGUACACCCUAAGAUUAGAUUUAAUUUCAGUGUAAAGGUGAAUGGAAUCCUUUCUACAGAAAUCUUUGGGGCAGAGAAUGAACCCACUUUGAACCUGUCGAAUGGAAUUGCUCUUGUCGUGAACUAUCAGCAUUAUGUGAGUAGACCAAAAUUUGGUACAUCUGAAUUACUCUGCAUCAGAAUCCAUCCUGUGCUAGGACAUCCAGUAGUGCUUUUCAUCCCUGAUGACGUGGCUGGCAUGGGCUUGUUGGGAGAGCUGAUACUGACUCCAGCUGUCGCGCUAUGUCCCUGCCCGAAGGUCUUUUCCAACCAGCUGAAUAGGAUUUCUUCAGUUUCCAUAUUUCUAUGUGGACCUUCAGGUCUGCCUCUGACAUUGCCAAGCCAGGAGCAGCCAAAUACUGCUAUCUUCAAAGAUACCUCUUAUUUCAUAGACUGGAAGAAAUACCACUUGCGUAUGGUGCCCAAUUUGGAUCUCAAUUUGGAUAGAGAUUUGGUGCUUCCAGAUGUGAGUUAUCACGUGGAACCUAGUGAGGGGGAUCAGUCUCAAAAUAUGGACCAUCAAGGACAGACUCUGCUGCUCAUUCUCUUUGUUGAUUUCCACAGUGGAUUUCCAGUCCAGCAAAUGGAAUUGUGGGGAGUCCACACUUUGCUCACGACUCAUCUCAGUGCCAUCCUCGGGGAGAACCACAGCGUGGUACAAGAUUCCAUCCAGGCUGCUGUGGACCAGGCCUUGGAGCAGCAUCACCAGGCUGCCAAGGCUCAUCAGAAGCUACAGGCCUCACUCUCAGUAGCUGUGAAUUCCAUCAUGAGUAUUGUGACUGGCAGCACCAGCAGCAGCUUCCGAAAGAUCUGCUUCCAGGCCCUUCAAGCAGCUGACACACAGGAGUUUGGGACCAAACUGCACAAAUCAUUCCAUGAGAUCACCCAGCACCGAUUUCUCCACCACUGCUCAUGUGAGGUGAAGCAGCUGCUCCCAGAGAAAAAUGAUGCAGAGGAAAACACAGAAGAUACACAUGAGAGCAGCAGCCUGGAGCUCCUUGCAGGGACCAGCGGGCAAACAGAAAGCAAGAGGCUCAAGAAGGGCAGCCUCCAUCAGGUCGUGGAGGAGACGCAGGCUUUCCACGCUGCCAGGGUCCCGGGCCCGUCAGAGGCGGCCCCACGCCGUGCGGAGACCCCCGCGGCCUCCCUGGCCCCCAGCAGAAGCAGGGCGGGCCCCGGGGGCGGCCUGGAGGUAACCUGGCGAGGGCUGCACAGGAGGGGCGGGAAACUGGGCUCGCUGAGAGGUCCUCCCGCCGGUCGUCUUUCCCGCAGGACGCGCUGUGGCUGCAGGAGGUCUCCAACCUGUCGGAGUGGUUGAGUCCCGGCCCUUGAGCUGAGCCCUCUCCUCGCGCGUCC